UGGAGAUCUGGCUCGUACCACAGAAGAGACAGGGCGGGUGAGCGGCAAAUUCAGGACAGCAGGGAUCGUCAGUUGUAUAUAUACAGUGACAGAAUCGCAAGGAUCUACAUUAAUAGCUCGUUAAGAUGAAGAGCAGCUGUCAAACAACUUGCACGGUCAUCAUGCUUGGAUGGUGCGUCCUAUGGACUCAAAACGUGAUAUCUGCUGACCGGUGCGAGACCCUACAAACUGAGUUACAUGUAACUAAACAAAAGACGGUGGAAUAUAAUGGAAGGACAGUUAGAUUGAUAUGUACAGGUGUCGUUCUGGUGAAUAAGUGCGAAGGAACGUGCUCAUCGGAGGUAUCUCCAAGCGUCGUACACUUUCCAGGGUUUAAAAAGGUAUGUAAUUGCUGUAGAGAAACAGAACUAGAACGUGUAUCAGUGCUCCUACAAGAAUGCUACAAUGACAACAGUCGAGUCGAAGACCAGACCUACACAUUCCACGUGAAUCAGCCUAGGGGUUGUGCCUGCCACGAGUGUACCAUAUAGGGAGCAUGGACACGCAGUCUCCAUCACGUAACGACGCCCGUCGUUCAUACCUAAACCCCCGGACCUAAACGAAGGGAUCGUAUAUCAAGCCAUCUAUCCUGCAUUACUGUAAAAUGUCAACUGAUACGAUAUCCAGGAAAGAAAGGACGUUGGACAGUUGGAAGACAUCUCCAACACACAACUGUACGGUUCAUCCAUUGAUAUGACUAUUUCUCAGCCAUUUAACUUUAAAUGAACAUAUAAUAUCAAACCUUUGCAGAAUUUAAAUUGAUUUUUGUCUUUGCCUUAGGCUACUGCACACAUGUACAAUAGUUUUAUUGUCUUCUUUGAACAAGGAAAAACUUUUAUUUUUGAAAACACGCUGAUUAGGAAUGAUGAUAUGGGACAAAAAGAUUCACACAGAAGAACAUUAUUUGA